AUGUCUAGGCCUGACGCGAAGUCAGAAGCCGAUAAGGAGAUCGGGAAACUGAAAUUCGGAUUCCCUGACCCCGACCUGAUCAAAAUGCGCUCAAUUUCCGGAUUUAUCUUCGUAAUUUGGUGUCUCGCGUACCGUUGGGAUGCCCUGAAUAUUCUAAUGUACAACCCCGGCAUGGGGCAUAGUCAUAUGAAAUUUAUGGGCGGAAUGGCGGACAUAUUGACGGCUGCGGGACAUGUUGUGACAGAAAUCCGACCCCUAAUGGACCCACACGCCAAAUGGGAAGGUGUCUCGAAAAGCAAGAACUUCCUGCAUUACCCAAUUGACAAGGAAGUGCUGCGAUUCAGGGCAGCAAUGGAAAACGACCCGAACUUGUGCAUGGCGCAAUUGUGGGCAAAAGAUAUGACGCCGUUCGAGAUGGCAAAGAUGACCGAAAACAUGACGUUCAGUUUUGCACGGAUGUGCGAGCGUGCUGUGUUCGAGACGGAUCUGCUCCGAGGCGAUGGGAUGGAUGAUUGCGGGCAUGGUAUCUUCGAAGCCAUCGGUUUGAAGACAGUUAUCGCCGCUUCGAGCAUGAAUGUUAUGGAUCAUCAGGCUGGACUUUUCGGCAUUCCACGACAUUAUAGCUAUGUUCCAGGUAGCAUGGGGAACUCCAAGGAGCAAAUGAACACAUGGCAACGAGGGCUAAAUAUGUUCGGCUCGUUUUUUGAAUCACGAAUGAUGGACGGGGUUAUGGCAGCACAAGAUGCUGUCUUCAAAAAGCAUCUAGGCGCCGGGUUUCCGGAUUUGAAGGACAUCGUCGCCCGAUCAGCUAUUUUGUUCACCAAUACCCAACCCUACAUCGAAUUCCCAAGAAUUCACAAAGUGGUAGACUUGGGUGGUAUCCACAUCAAGGAAGAAUUGCCGGCACUUACUGAGGAAUGGAACAACGUCCUCUCUAAACAGCCGAAAACCGUCCUGAUCUCAUUUGGCUCCGUCGCCAAAUCAUUUUUGAUGCCCAUCACCUACAAAAAGGCAAUUGUCGAGGCAGUUCGAGAGCUGUCAGACGUCCAAUUCAUCUGGAAGUACGAAGGGGAUGAUUUGAGUUCAUGGGACCUACCUGAAAAUUUGUACCUGAGCAAGUGGACUCCACAGACUGCGUUGUUGGCGGACCCUCGUCUUAGCCUAUUUGUUAGCCAUGGGGGACUUGGAAGUACGAUGGAAAUUGCUUACAGUGGAAAACCAGCGAUCGUCAUCCCUCUCUUCGCCGAUCAGCCCCGGAAUGCCCAGAUGCUAAAACGACACGAAAUUGUCGAAAUCAUGUCUAAAUUUGACUUGGCGGACAGCCAAAAGCUGAAAAAUGCAGUUCAAGCAAUGCUGAACGAUGAAAGCGCACAAAAGAAAGCCGCUCACAUCUCUUCCAUGCUAAAGCAUGCUCCACUGAAGCCAAAAGACCUCUUGUUGAAGAAUGUGGAAUUUGUGGCAAAAUUCGGCUCCCUGCCCCAACUCGACCCUCACGGACGGCAGCUCUCCUUCAUCCAGUAUUUCUUGUUGGACGUUCUCGGUGCUCUGCUUCUUUGCGCUCUCUCCAUUCUCACAGUGGUCUACUUCGUCCUCAGGAGAAUCUACCGCUUUUUCGUGCCAAAAACGAAGACGAAAAGCGAU